AUGCCAGGUGCUUCUCCUCGUCACUCGCACUUCUCGGUGUCCAUGACCCCGCGGCAGCCCGAGGUGCUGCUGCCGGGCGGCCACGAGCUGGCCGCGUGGGAAAAGUGCCUCGAAGUCUCGCGCGUGGUCGUCUACUUCCUGGGCUCGCUGCUCUUCCUGCUGGGCUCCAUCUACUUCUACCCGGAGUACUCGGUCAUGUGGGACGGCAAGGCCGGCAUCUUCGGUAGCUGGGCCUUCGUGGUCGGCUGCAUCAUGUUCUUCACGGGCGCCAACCUCGACUUCAUCCAGACCAUCCGCUACAACCACGGCACGCAGCUGCGUCAGGUGCUGCGCGCCUUCAACGCGCUGGCCAACUACAUGGCCACGUCCAUCUUCCUUCUCGGUGCGCUCUACUUCCUGCCCUCGUGGUACCCCAAGUCGCCCGAGCUCGGCUGCUGGGCCUUUAUCGUCGGCUGCGUCCUCUUCUGCCUCGCCGCCAUCGUCGAGAUCCUCUUCAUCUGCGUGACCCACGAGGAUCCGCGCGUCACCGGCUUCAAGAUCAAGAACGUCGCGUGCUGGGGCACCGUCGCCGCGCUCGGCACGUUCAUCGGCGCGCUCUUCUUCAUCCUCGGCAGCUGGUACUACCUUCCCCGGUACAUCAACCGCGUGGACGAUGGCACGCACUACAUGAACAAGGCCAUCACGUUCUACGUCGUGGGCAGCGUGUUCUUCAUCAUCAACAGCUUCGCGCUGGCCCCCGACGUGUACCGCGCCAUCAACGUCAGCGCGCGGAAACACAACGACUUGGACGCCAAGGUAUAA